ACUGCGUUAUCGAUUCGUUCCAAAUGUGUCAAACUUCACUGUGUACAUUUGUGUGGCAAAAGCAAAGUGACGAAUUGUCGCAAGACAUCUUUUUACGAAAGACUUGGUAACAAUUGAACUGCGAUUCUUUGAGCAACUUGCAUAAUUCAACGCAAUUAUGUCUGCCAUAUUUAAUUUCCAGAGUCUGCUGACUGUAGGAUUGCUGUUGAUAUGCACCUGUACCUACAUCAGAGCAUUCUCUCCUAACUUGUUUGACAAGAAGUUGGGAAAAGUUGGUUUCCAGGGUACUUUUUGGAAAUGUGCUAGGAUUGGUGAAAGAAAAAGCCCCUAUGUGGCUUUUUGUUGCGUUUGUAUGGCGUUUAGCAUAUUGUUUUGGUCGUAACAUUCCUGUGUGUAGAGUUUUUUAACCAAUGUGCAUUUGGUAACUAGGUCAUACUCUUUUGUAUAUUUUAAUGUACUUGUAAUAUAUAUACAUAUAUUUAUGAGCGCAAGAAAGGAGAAUGAAGAGAAUAAAACAAUUUUGAUAUUUA